UUUUUAUCUAGGCUGCGCUUGCGCUUUGUUUUGUGGUUUAGUUUUAUUAAAAAAUAAUACCUAACUUAUAAAUUUUGGUUUGGAAAAAUGUUUCAAUUGAAGCAAUGAACUUCUAUGCAAGUUGUGCAAGUAUUAAUUUGAUAGUUUUCCACGUCUGAGAAAGUGCAACAAGAUACAUAUGUUUCUGUUUGCACUCGACUACUAAUGUGAGUGAGAAAGAGAUAGAGUGAUCUUGUGAGUGAAUCUACUACCAAAAAGAGGCAGGGGGCAGCAGCAGCCAGAAAACAAACCGCAUUCCAGAGCAAAACUUGCAUCAAUGAAAAAGCCAUGCAUCAUCACCAUCCGCCAUUACCCAUAACCAGCUCGGGCGAGAUGCCUCCAGUUUCAGUGUCUGCCUCCUCCACCCCUCCAGUGGCAUCCACGUCAGCCAUAGCACAGCAGCAGCAUCAACGACGUCGCAAAAAGCGUCCCAACUACAAUUAUAAUGGAACUCGAACCGUCGAUGUCCGUCGAGGCUACAAUGGCUUUGGCUUCACUAUCUCUGGCCAACAGCCGUGUCGUCUGUCAUGCAUCAUCAGCAACUCUCCGGCUGAGCAGGCGGGUCUGCGUUCCGGAGACUUUCUCAUUUCCGUGAAUGGUCUGAAUGUGUCCAAGCUGCCGCACGAAACGGUUGUUCAACUGAUCGGAAACUCUUUUGGCAGCAUACGUAUGCAGAUCGCCGAGAAUUACUACUCGGACAGUUCGGAUGAGGAGAAUGCCCAUGCUAAUCCAUUGUUGCUGCAGCGAAGUGCCCGCGGCCAGCUGGUGGCCGCCAGUUUACGGCACAAGCCGCGUUUUUUGCAUCACAAGUCCAAGAUGAAUCGUUUGCGCAACUCACCGCAAAAGAAGCCGCCGCCUUCAGCAGCUGCAGAUGCUGCCCAUGAAGAUGCGGAUGAAUCCAAGCAGCGGUCCACACUGCCGCUGCGCCCUGUACUGGAAGACGCGCCACUUGUCCAGCUGGCCAAAGUGUGUGCGGGUUCGGGACAAGCGGACGUGGCCAAUGUUAGUGCCAUGGUGCGGGUGGUGGGCAGUGCAGCCUUAGAAUAUCGUGUCAUUGUAGGUUACUUGGGCACAAUUGAGAUGCCCAAGCAGAUUUCACACAGCUCGAAGCUACAGACUGUGCGCUCGUGUAUUCGCAAACUACGCCAGGAGAAGCGUCAACCCACCAUUGUGUUGAUGGGCAUCACACCUGAUAGCCUCACUCUACAGAGCUCCAAUGGCAGUGCCUUGGCCACUUACGCCUCUUCGAGGCUUAACUAUGUAAGCUCAUCGUCUGAGAGCGAGAAUCGUUUCUUUGGUCUUGUGACCAGCGCGAUACACAACACCCAAAUCGAGGAGGAAUAUGAAGCCUUCAAUGCAGGAGGAGUAGGAGGUGGUGGUGGUGGUGGUGGAAAUGGUGGACACAUUAGCAUCUCGCAUAGUUGUCAUGUCUUUGUUAUCGACACCAAACUCAUUGAGCACGGCCAACAUAUACAGAGAGCUCAUGAGUUUCAUUUGGAAUGCACACGAGAUCCGAUCUCUAAUCUCUGCCUAGAGUUUCCGAACAACUCGGAGUAUGUGGUCAAUCUAAUACGCAGCAUGUAUACCAUGCGAAUAUUACCCCCCGCUAGUCGCGGUCAUCAAUCGGAAUGUGAAGUCGGAGGUGCAGGAGGAGGAGGAGUGAUUGGGGCAGGAGGCGCCGCUGCCCACUCGCCGCAACCGUCGAAUCAUAGUGAGAUGUCUACAACCACCUCAAAUUCGGAUUCGGGAAUUGGUUUCAAUAACGAUUGCACAAACAUCUCCGAUCGCAUUGUGGUCGUGGAUUUCCUUGGAAAUGGUGGAGGAGCAGCCGCCCAGGGAGUCCAGCAUCCUGCCGUUGGUCAUGGUCUACCAGCUCCAGCUCGUCCUCAAGGCAUUGUGGGUAUUCCCGACAAUCGUCUAACUGUGCGAGCCAUGCCCGAUUUGGGUCCAAAUUCACCACCACCAUCGACAUCUUCGCUACGUCGCCCCAAUCUUUUGGCCAGCUUCAAUCUAAUCAAGAGCCCAGCCACAAAUCUCACUGCCACCCGUUCUUGUGAUGAUGUCCUUAAUCUUCUGAUGGACAAUGAUGAUGAUUUACCGUCAGUCUCUGCUCUGACUGCUGUUGCGUCCAUGGAUGACAUUUCGCUGCAUUCGGCGGCUCCCUCACUGGACGAUCACGAGACUCGAGACAUUCAUUUUGUCCAUCCCUCAUGUGUGCCGCGAAAAAUGCGUCGCUCCCUGGCCAUAGAGACAACGCCAUCUUCAUCAACAACAACACCGCACAAGCUCAGUGUCCAGGUGUUUGGCAAGCCGGGUUCACGUCAUUCCCUAGGAUUCGAGGCCAUUGACAUCAUUCAAUCAUCAACAUCACACACACAUAAUAUCAUGGACAACAUGGACACUUGGACUAGUUUGCAGAAUAUACACAAAGCCGCCCACCAAGAUCGAAUCUCAUCCACAACGUCAGACACAAAUUGCCUAUUAGAAGCUACAAAUAGUGAACCGGAUUUGGGGAACCGAGCACUGCCCGCCAAUGCAUCGCCUUUUCGUCGAGCCUGGGGUCAGUCAUCGUUUCGAACGCCGCGCACCGACAAGGUGGCGAAACAGCAGCAGCAGCUGCAGCAGCAGGGCCAACAGAAGCAUAAUUCACCGCUAGUGAGACGCACUGCCUCCAUGAACGCCUCCGACAACGAUGUGUACAUUAAGACGCUGAUGCUGGAUGCUGAACGAAAGGCGGCCACUUCACGCAGUUUCUUGCAAGUGCCACAAAUACUCACCACACCGGCGCCGCCCUCAGUCCAUGCAGUGACGGUGGAUGUCCUCGCCCAGGAUACGACGCCGUCAAUACCGCCGCCAGACGCCACCACCGCCAACACCACUGGGACGCCUAGUCAGUGGGGCACAUCGUUUGAACGGAUGCUUCAAGAUGCCGCCGGCAUGCAAACGUUUGCCGAGUUCUUGAAAAAAGAGUUCUCCGCGGAGAACAUUUACUUCUGGACGGCCUGUGAGCGGUAUCGCCUAAUCGAGUCGGAGGCAGAACGUUCAAGUGUGGCUCGUGAGAUUUUUGCCAAGCACUUAGCCAACAGCAGCAGCGAUCCCGUCAAUGUGGACUCACAGGCUCGCAAUUUGACAGAGGAGAAUCUGGCCAGUGCUGCUGCAGACAUUUUUGCUCCCGCUCAGAAGCAAAUCUUCAAUCUGAUGAAGUUCGAUAGCUAUCAGCGCUUCAUACGAUCGGAUCUCUACAAGAGUUGCGUGGAGGCCGAGCAAAAGGGACAGCCUCUGCCCUACAACGGGGCCAAUCUGGAUGAUCUGCUGAAGACAAAUUUUCACUUGGUUGCCUCCUCCAAGCUCAAAAAAUCGGCAAGCAACGCCGAGGAUCGCCGACGUAAGAGUCUACUGCCCUGGCACCGCAAGACUCGAAGUAAAUCCCGUGAUCGUAGCGAACUAAUGUCCGAUCUUCAGAAUAGUCUAAUGCCGGCGCCUCCAUUGCCUCCUCCGCCGCCGGGACUGCUGUCCAGUGCAUCGCUAAAGCUUACCUCCAAUCAGAAUUCGCUAAGUGAUCUGCACAGCUCCCGCUCCUCUCUGUCAUCCUUUGAUGCGGGCGGGGCGUGUGGGGCGACAGCUAGUGCCGAGAGUGUUUGCUCCCUGUGCCGGGUCAUAUUGAGCGAUGGAGCCACGACGAUUGUGCAGACACGGCCAGGCGAAACUGUGAGCCAAUUGGUGGAUCGCCUUCUUGAGAAAAGGAAUCUGGUGUAUCCCUACUACGACAUUGUGUUUCAAGGAACCACAAAGUCCAUUGAUACCCAGCAGCCAUCGCAGAUCUUGGCCGGAAAGGAGGUGGUUAUCGAACGGCGCGUUGCCUUUAAACUGGAUCUGCCCGAUCCCAAGGUGAUUUCUGUAAAGAGCAAGCCCAAAAAACAUUUGCACGAGGUCAUUAGACCGAUUCUGACUAAGUAUAAUUACAAAAUGGAUGGAGUUGUGGUCCUCAUGCGCGACACCCAGAUGCCACUCGACCUGAUGCAGCCCGUUACCAUAGCUGAUGGCCAUCGGCUGCAGAUUGUAAUGCGUCAGUCGGAUUUUCAGCCAGGCGGCGGCAAUAUUGUGCCGCCGAAGCUCACUAAACCUAUGAAACCUCUUCCUCCUUCCGCAACAACGACCAGCUCUUCGCAAGGCCAACUGGAUGAGCUAACCAACAAGGUGUUCAAUGAGCUACUCCAAAACAAGGCGGCUGAUGCAGCGGCAGCGGAUAGGAAAAAGUCCAGCGAUUUGUGUUCCAUAAAAUCCAAUGACGCACCAUCGGAGAGCUCUUCGUCAUUGUUUGGCAUGCGACGCCACCAGCGCAACAAUACGGCAAACAUUCCCAGCAGCAAGCUUCCAAAACUCAAGAAGAAAUCCACUAGCAGUAGUCAACAUUCCGAGGAGGCGCUCCCAGCAACGGGAACGACAGCGGCCACAUUGCCGGCAGAUCCCAAAAAGCCAAUUAUAGCAAAGCUCAAAGCAGGUGUCAAGUUGCAGGUGACGGAGCGAGUAGCAGAGCAUCAAGAUGAACUUCUCGAAGGUCUGAAGCGAGCACAGUUGGCACGCCUAGAAGAUCAACGUGGCACAGAGAUUAACUUUGAUUUGCCAGAUUUCUUAAAGAACAAGGAGAACCUGAAUGCAGCUGCCUCAAAGCUACGAAAGGUGCGCGCUAAUCUUAGUCCCAUUAGCAAGACCAGUCCUCAGACAGCGGAAGGGCUACCUCAACCAGCCCCACGAUUUUCAAUUGCCCGAAGUCAAAGCCAGCAACAAGUGUCGCCUAUGAAAGUGGAUCUGGAGCAAGAGACUGAUUUGCCUGCAGACAUGCAGGAUCCAAAUGAAUUUACCAAAGCGCCGCCUCCGUUGCCACCAAAACCCAAGGUGCUACCCAUAAAACCAUCAAACUGGGGUGUGGCAUCGCAGCCAACCACGGGAAACUAUUGCAAUAAAUUCUCGCCAACUAAACAGACACCAAUAUCACCCACAAAGACAACCGGGAGCAGCAGUGGACCCUUUGCGAACAAAUUACCCAUAGACAACAUGGCACGUAAAUCCCUGGAGUCAGCGGGCACUCGUUGUGCCUAUCUAGACGAGCCCAGCAGUAGUUUUGUUUAGUCGUGUGGGGUCUGACGACUCUGAAGAGCCUUGUGUAUAUAUUAUAUUUAUUCCCAUUGCAUGCUGUCCAGCUCCAAUUAACUAUGACGAACUGUUUUUGUAUGUAAUAUAGCAACUUUAUUUAUAAUUAGACAUAACUUUAAAACAUUAUUGAGAGAAUAAAUAAAUAAGAGCCAAUAACUUAUACCUAUAAGUA